AUGACUUCCACCAUGGCCGACCCGGAGUCUGCCAGGGACGAGAAGGCUAUCUCUCACCAUAAAGAGGACCUGAUGUCGGAAGUGGCCCGUACUGCCGCCGAGCGCGGCCAUCUGGCCACUGAUCAAUAUGGACAUCCCAUCGUUGAGUUUGACAAGGAGGCCGAAUCCAAGCUCAGAUUGAAGAUUGACCUGUACAUCGUACCCACGGUGGCCCUGAUGUAUCUGUUCUGUUUCAUUGAUCGGGCAAAUAUCGGUAAUGCCAAAUUGGCCGGCUUCAAUAAGGACCUCGGAUUGAAAGGCUAUGACUACAAUGCUGUCCUGUCCAUCUUCUAUAUCGCAUAUAUCCUUUUCGAAAUUCCGAGCAACUUAGCAUGCAAGUGGAUUGGACCUGGUUGGUUCCUGCCCGCCGUUACUUUAGGAUUCGGCAUCUGUUCGGUUGCAACCGCCUUCGUACAUGAUAUCCACGGUGCCUCUGGCGUUCGGUUCUUGCUCGGCAUGUUCGAGGCUGGUCUAUUGCCCGGUAUCGCCUACUACCUGAGCCGAUGGUAUCGUCGCAGUGAGCUUGCUUUCCGGCUGUCCCUGUAUAUUGUCAUGGCGCCUCUGGCCGGAGCCUUCGGCGGUCUCCUCGCCUCCGGUAUCCUCACCCUCGAUCACUUUGGCGGCCUCCAUAGCUGGCGAAUGCUCUUUGCGAUCGAAGGCAUCAUCACGAUUGGAAUUGCCCUCAUCGCCUUCGUGACCAUGACCGACCGACCCGAAACUGCACGCUGGCUCUCGCAGGAAGAGAAGGACCUGGCCAUUGCCCGAGUCAAAUCAGAGCGUAUUGGAACUACCGAGGUUCUCGAAAAGCUGGACCUGGCCAAGACCCUGCGUGGCAUCUUCAGCCCGGUCACUCUGACGACCGCUUUUAUCUUCCUGUUGAAUAACAUCACAGUCCAGGGAUUGGCAUUCUUUGCGCCGACUAUUGUCCAAACUAUCUAUCCGCAUGCGACCGUGGUCUCUCAACAGCUGCACACCGUCCCGCCUUACGUAGUAGGCGCAUUCUUCACCGUCUUGUUCCCUUUCCUCAGCUGGCGAUUUGACCGGCGAUUGAUCUUCUUCGUUAUUAGCCCGCCCCUGAUGAUGACUGGCUACAUCAUGUUUUUGGCCAGUGAGAAUGCCAUGGUCCGGUACGGAGCCACCUUCAUCAUUGCUAGUGGAGCCUUUGCCUUUGGUGCUCUUUGCAACGCCCACGUUUCUGCGAACGUGGUCUCCGACACGGCUCGCUCUUCGGCCAUCGGAACCACCGUCAUGUUUGGUAACAUUGGUGGACUGAUCUCCACUUGGUCGUUCCUGCCAACUGAUGCGCCGAAUUAUCAUAUUGGUAACGGUCUGAAUCUCGCAACCUCCUCCAUGACCCUCCUGCUCGGCGCGAGCUUGUGGAUGUGGAUCUUGUGGGAUAAUCGGAGGCGUAGCAAGAUUGAUGCCAAUGCUGCUUUGGCGGGACUCUCGAUCAAGCAGAUUCAGGACAUGGAUUGGCGCAACCCUGCGUUCCGCUGGCGCCCAUGA